AUGGGUGAGCGAUUCCCAGUCCUGGCGCUCCGUUUCUAGUUUCGUCUAGUGGAUCUGUUCCUCCCUCUAUUUUUUCCUUUGUGGGUUAGAUCUGUGGUUGUGGUUUGAGGUUUCGCCUCUCUUGUGGAUCUGCAGGCGCGUACACGUACGUGUCGGAGCUAUGGAGGAAGAAGCAGAGCGACGUCAUGCGGUUCCUUCUCCGUGUGCGCUGUUGGGAGUAUCGGCAGAUGCCAGCCAUCGUCCGGGUCACCCGUCCCACCCGGCCCGACAAGGCCCGCCGCCUCGGCUACAAGGCCAAGCAGGUUAGGUUUCAGUGACGGUCUGUUUUCUUUUCUAAUGCAUCAUUAGGUUGUAGCAUUUCUGGUUGCCUAUCGUGGUCGAUUGACACGCGAAAUCCCAUUGAUUCUGUCUCGCGCUCUAUUUGAUCUUAACCUGUACCAUGAACCCUCGCUUAAUGAUCCUUUAAACUCUGUCAGAUUCCUAUUAUAGGGCCUCGUUCUUCACUUACGAUGAUGAGAAACGCGUAUAUGAGCACUUUAUCUAGGAGGUUCUCGUUCGAUAUUUAUCCCGUUUAAUUCAUUUAGAUAUCUAUGGAGCCAGUUAUGCAUUCUUGCGAUGUUUUUUCUUUCUUUCAUAUACAUAUAAGCGACCAUGUUAAUUUAGCAAGUCGACCCUGUUACUGCUUUAUCAGGUUAUCUCAUUAACCUCAUCGUGUUUUUCUCAUUCUAUGUUGGUCUUGAGUGUUGGAAAGGGCGUCUUCCCGUCAGUUUUAUUCUGUGUCUCACGAUUAUCAGACUCCUGAAUGGGUGCUUAAUAGCUUAGGUUGAUGAUUCAUAUCAACUGGAGUUGUUGCUAUUUCCGGUCAUUUCAACCAUUGAACCAGCGGUUUUCAUCAUCUUCCUCAUCUUUUUCUUCUUUGCAUGAUUCAUAUAUGUAGUGGUCUUUCAAUGACUAACACUUGACGCAUAUUUGUGCUUAUGAAAUAUUAUCUAGUGGAGAUGGAUUACAAUCAGAUCUUGGGACGCGGAAAUUGUUUUGAUAACGCUUUAUUCAUACUAGUUGAAGACAUCUGAAACACUUUCGGAAACGAACAAACUCAGAUAUAUUUAGAUCCAUAGCAUCCAGCUCUUUCUUCUGUCAUUAAAAUUUUAGUGGUGACUACAAUCAGAUUAGUGUUAUCACUGAAAAUCAAAAAACACUUAAAUGGAAGGCGUGUUUCCACAAGGAGAAUUCCGGCAAUUGAUUUUUCUGAUUAGUUGCAAUAAUAAUUUGGUUAGACUGAUAAGAUAUGAAUGAUCAUUAGAGGUGUUUCUUUCAUCUUUAAUUCUUACCCAUCUCACCAUUUUGUUCUUUUCACCAGUCGCUUUGUCUUGUUACUCCGAGUCGACUUCUUUCCUGCUUACCUUGCUCUUCUGCCUUCUAAUUGUUCUAUGUUUCGUGGCUCAUCAUCUAGUUAAUACUCUGAUUAAUACUCGGCAAUAGAAGGUAUUAAAAAACCCCGACUGAAUGAAAUAAACAUUUACUCAUAUGAACGAUCUACAUUGAAAUAGAAGCAAGCCGACUAACAAAUUCAUCAAAAUUCACAUUCCCGAGUCCAUUUCAGCUUCUCUUAUUUUUCUGACCCUGGUUUAAAUUUUCUAGACUCAUUCUUCUUGAUGAGUAUCUGUGCUUUGUCCGACUGAAUGGAUCUGCCAUUUCUUGAAAUCUCUCCUGUUUCAAAAUCGUUGCAUACUGUAUCUAUGCCCCAUUGCUCCGGUCAUAGAAUUAGAUGAAAUAAAAUCCGAAAAUGGAUUUUUGUUCUAGAAUGAAAUCUUAUUUGAACUGUCCGUACCUCAGCUUCUCUGUUUUUUUUUUCCUGACGCUGGUUUUAGUUAUUUAAACCUAUUCCUUUUGAUGAGUACCUGCACUCUGUCCUCCCAUGCUCAUCUGCUCCUAUCUUCCCGUAGGGCUACGUCAUCUAUCGUGUUCGCGUCAGGCGCGGUGGACGCAAGAGGCCAGUGCCGAAAGGUAUCGUGUAUGGUAAGCCCAAGCACCAGGGUAUCACCCAGUUGAAGUUCCAGAGAAACAAGAGAUCAGUUGCAGAGGAGAGAGCUGGAAGGAGGCUGGGAGGCCUGAAGGUCCUCAACUCCUACUGGAUCAACGAGGUCUGAGCUCCCACAUGCCAUGCCCACAUUCUUCUUCUUCUUCUUCCUCCCACCGGCUGACAUCUUCUUCCUCCUCCCCGGCCUUCUCUCUCAGGACUCAACGUACAAAUAUUUCGAGGUGAUUCUCGUAGAUGCUGCUCACAAUGCCAUUAGAAACGACCCGAGAAUUAACUGGAUCUGCAAGGGCGUCCACAAGCACCGUGAACUCCGGGGGUUGACCUCUGCUGGGAAGAAGUACAGGGGCCUGCGUGGCAAGGGCCACCUGCACCACAAGGCCCGGCCCUCGAGGAGGGCCACCUGGAAGAGAAACCAGACCAAGUCCCUCCGCCGCUACCGUUGA